ACGCAAGCUCGGUGCAAUCUUCUCCCGAAAUUUCGACAGCAGCCGCUAAAUAUUAAUACCUACACGCAGAUUGAGUUUCGGGAAGCUACGAUUCAAAACCAGUACGCAGGGGAGCGGAAACUAGCGAGAGCAAGGCCAAUCAGAUCAUACCACGUAAGUCUAUAAUGCACAGCAAUCUUCUUAUUUUCAUCCCCCCGAUCACCUAUCAGCUAAGUAUCCCAUGCGCUGACGUCGAUCGCAGCAACCCGCUUCCAGCCAGCAGAUCAAAGAGCAAAGCAAGCAUGCGUCUUGUGUAGUAGGCACGCUUAUGGACUGCCACACAGUGCUGCUACUGCGAUCGCGACACGGACGACGAUCGGCUAAGCUUCUCUCUAAGAAAAGAAAGAACGAGGAACCCAAAAUUAGCACGCCUAAUCUAUAAAGUGGCCGGCUGCGAUCGGGCCGAGCUUUAUUCACCCUCCGUCCGACCGAUCGUACAGACUGCGGAUCACUGUGUGUUCUUAGUGGUGCGGUCCCCGGUCACGUGUAAACGCCAAGAAGUUGCCACCCGCGCCGUCGCCCCGCGCCCAAUAAGCUUCAGAAGACAACGACCACUUGCAAGGUAACGCGCGCGCGCACGCUGAGAGAACGAAAGGUUGCAUCGCGUUCCAAUUGCACAAGAAGUGCAGCAUCGGCAUCUUCGGUGGAUCGCCGUCGUCGUCUUCGUUCUCGGUAGUUUUGCGCCAACUGGAUUUUCAAGUUCAAGAAGUGAGAAGUUGCACCCUCCGGAAAGAGAAGGGCCCGAAGCAGAUGUUAAAAUCUCAUUGUCAUUGAGUGCAGUGCGCGAAAUUUCCAUUGAAAGUUGAAAAAAAGUGUUGCGGUGCUGGUAGUUGGUUUCCGAUCGUUGAAGAAGAAUCAAGUGCAGUUCAAGUGAUCCUCUCUCGCGAUGUCUAUCAAGCGUAACGAUAAAGACUUCCCGUACAUCGACCUGGGCAAUGGGUUCAUGAUCUACGUCCAGGCUGAGGAGUACACCGAUCCCAUCCUCAAAGCCAAGGCCGAAAAGGAACUCAACGAAACGCCGGAAAAUGUGGAGAAAGCUCUCUCGGAACUGCGAACCCUCCUGAAAGCGGAGAAAGACCUCUUCAUCCCGGUGGAAAACGAUCAGUAUCUGAUCACGUUCCUCCGGGCAAACGAGUACGUUCCGCAGAAGACGUUCCAGAUGAUUCAGAGCGCGUACCGACUGAAGAUGAAGAGCAAGGAAUACUACGAAAACACUCCCAACCCCAGCUCGAUCCGGCACGUGUUCGACGAGGGAAUGAUUUGGUUCAUGCCGGAGAGGGACGCCGAUGGAGCGGCGAUUUGCGUGGUGGAGGUUGGAAAAAAAUGGAACACGGCGAAGGUGUCGAUCAUCGAACUGAUUGCCGCCAUCCGCAUUUGCGUCGAGUGCGCCAUACUGGAUCCGGAAACGCAGCUCCACGGAAUUAAGGUGAUAUUCGAUACGGAAGGUCUUUCGAUGUCGCAGAUCGCCCAGAACACCCCGAAGCACGCCUGCAUGAUACUGGACUGGGUGCAGAAGGCAUGCCCGUUCCGGUUGCGGGGCGUCCACGUGGUCAACAACUCGAUGCUGUUCAACAUCCUGUUCGCCAUCUUUAAGCCGUUCAUUUCGAAGGAGUUGCGCGAAAAGAUCUUCUUCCACAACAAAGACUGGAAAUCGCUCGCAAAGCAGAUCAGCCCCAGCUGUCUGCGGCCCAAAUACGGCGGAACGUUGGCAGCUCCCGAGUACGAAGGUCGUCUGCUCGGUGAUUUCAUGCAGCUUUAUGACAAACAUUUUGAUACACUCGAUGCGUACGGAUACGUGGAUGCUGCCGGUCAGCGGAGAUCAAAGUGAACGCUGGAUCGAACACUGUGUUGCACAGCAACAGUGCGCCCUCUUUUGCCAGAAGCCUUCUUUGGGCAGCUCUCAACGGUUGACCUCUGUCAACCUCCCGUGGUCGUCGUCGCUCGUUGAGACCUCCGAUGCCUUGUGACAAACGAUAACAGUGAUAAUCAAUAUGUGUACAUGUAUUUAUUUAUUCGGAAUCGCCAGUUGAAAAUCGUUCUUUCUUUGUUUGGUAAUUAAAAAUAAAACACUUAAAACCCA